CCGAAGUGUUGGAAAACAUAGGUGUUUACUUGCGUGCUCUUCCUUUUACGGAAUAUGGGCAAGCGAUGACCAUGGUUUAGCAAAUGACUGCCUGGAUGAUUAAUAUUUCAUAAGAAAGCACAAGAUCAUUUAUUUCAGUAUUACUAUUAAGUGUUAUUGAUUUUUAUUCGUAUAAUUGAUUAUGACCCCUUCAUCAAGUUUAUCUUCAACUAGUUUGACUAGAAAAUCACAUAGCAAUGCUGAAGAUACCAGUGAUGAUUAUCUAUCGCCGAAUUCUGAUAAUCUUACUGAAGUAGUAAGUGAUUCAUCAUUGACUCUCAAUCCCAUCUUGGACUGUGUACAUGAAAAGAAUGGGUUACGUGUGACGGAUGCAGGUUACAUGGAAUUGCACAGAAGGCACCAAGCGCAGUACAAAGUCGAUUUAAAAUUCUCCAAACUUGAUCGGCGGAUGCAAACAUUCAAUAACGACCUGCAUUAUCUUCCUGUUGCAAAAGCUGGAUUUUAUAGGAAGGAUUCUGUGCUGGCAUGUUUUUGUUGCCCUUUUGAGCUGAGAAUGGAAGCUUUCAUCAACCCCUCAGCACCGUUACAAGACCAUACACGUUGGUCCCCUUUCUGUCCUUUCGUCAGCCGGUGGGAAAAUGAAGAUGUCAGAAGAGCUAUAAAACAGGAAGUAGCUACGACGGAGCAACGACCAGACGUGACUGGUAUCCAUCCUUGGCGAAGAACCACGUUGGAGCUCAACAUGUUGAUUGAGAUUUCUGAUGCUGGCUAUGAAAACUCUGAUAUCAAGGAAGCAGUCGUACGUUUUUUCAUGAGAACUGGAGCAUAUCCGAACGUGGAAAGCCUUCGCAGGGAGCUGAAAAAAGAAAGCGGAUAACUGGAAACGUCCCGGGAUUUUUGUGACACAUUUGUCAAGAACUUAUCAAAUUUGGAUUUUUAUUAUGGAUCGUAACAUUUUAGAUGUGUAUACAUUGUUUAUAUUAUGCAUGGACAUGAAUUCUAGCUAUUCCCUCAUCUGGUCAAGAUCUGACUGAACUAUGAUUGAAUUUAUUUGCUACAAUUCAAAAUUUAAAUGAGGGAAAGA